AUUACUAAUUUUCAAGUCUAAAGCAUGGAGCACGUUCUGUUUUUUAUUGUCUAAAUCAUAUUUUAUUUUUCUGUUAUGAGUAAUUGUGCUCUGUUUUUCGAGCUGUCAUGCUCUGUUCUUUUGUUUCAUGAACUUUUUUUUUUUUUAAUUAGACGGAAAAUAUUUAAAAAUAAAUAAAUAAAAUUAAUUAUUAGAUUUUAGUGUCAUGUUUCUGCGUCCAUGUCUUGUUUAUCUCUCUUAUUUUCUUUUCCAUUCUUCACCUAGCCAAUACACAGUUCUCAUCUUCAAACUCUUAACCAAAUCCAAUGGCUGAUCCCACGACGCUCUCUCCGUUGUUGGAUGAGUACCAUGAAGGUGAAGGAGAUGAUAGAGUAAGUAGAAGAACAACAACUUGGGUUGAAAAACUGGUCGACGUGGAAGAAACAAAGGCUCAAAUUAUUUACUCUCUGCCAAUGAUAUUCACCAAUCUUUUCUACUAUUGUAUCCCUUUAACCUCUGUGAUGUUUUCUUCUCACCUCGGCCAACUCGAGCUCGCCGGUGCCACCCUUGCCAAUUCUUUCGCCACCGUCUCUGGUUAUGCCUUCAUGAUAGGAUUAAGUGGAGCACUUGAGACAUUGUGUGGACAAGGCUUCGGUGCAAAAAACUACAGGAUGUUGGGGAUUCAUCUACAAUCAUCUUGCAUUGUCUCAUUGGUCUUCUCCAUCCUCAUCACCAUAUUCUGGUUUUACACAGAAUCGAUUUUUGUGUUUCUCAGACAAGAUCCUAGCAUCUCAAAACAAGCUGCACUCUAUAUGAAGUACCUAACCCCCGGUUUGGUGGCUUUCGGGUUCUUACAAAAUAUUCUGAGAUUUUGCCAAACACAAUCCAUCAUUACUCCACUAGUCAUCCUCUCGUUUAUUCCCUUGGUGGUUAAUGUUGGUAUCGCAUAUGUUCUGGUAUAUGUUGCUGGGUUUGGAUUCAUUGGUGCUCCAAUAGCUACAUCUAUUUCAACGUGGGUAGCAUUCCUAGCUCUCGGAAUUUAUGUGAUCUGUUCAGAAAAUUUUAAGGAAACAUGGACUGGAUACUCGUUGGAAUCAUUCCGUUACGUCGUAAUAAACUUGACAUUAAGUAUCCCUUCCGCUGCUAUGGUAUGUUUGGAAUAUUGGGCGUUCGAGAUUCUUGUGUUCAUGGCAGGAGUGAUGCCAAAUCCGGAAAUCAAUACUUCUUUGGUAGCUAUAUGCGUCACCACGGAAUCGAUUAGCUACAUGUUAACAUAUGGACUUAGCGCAGCUGCAAGUACCCGUGUGUCCAACGAACUUGGAGCUGGAAAUAUAGAAGGCGCAAAGAAAGCGACUUCUGUGUCCGUUAAGUUGUCUUUAGUUCUUGCUCUCGGCGUAGUGAUUGCCAUACUUGUAGGUCAUGAUGUAUGGGUUGGCUUUUAUAGCAAUAGCCUUGUGAUUAAAGAGGAGUUUGCAUCAAUGAGGUUUUUCCUUGCUGCUUCUAUAACUCUUGAUUCGAUCCAAGGUGUUCUAUCAGGAGUUGCAAGAGGAUGUGGAUGGCAGAAUGUAGUCACGGUUAUCAAUUUGGGAACAUUCUACUUAAUUGGAAUGCCUAUUGCUGCCUUUUGUGGUUUCAAAUUGGAAUUAUAUGCCAAGGGUUUGUGGAUUGGUAUGAUAUGUGGGAUAUUUUGCCAAUCCUCAUCUCUCUUGCUCAUGACAAUUUUCCGGAAGUGGACAAAGCUGACUGAUGCUACGGUCUGAAAAACCACUAGUUCCGAUUUUUCUAGGGAGGCACAUUUCUUUUAAUAAGCAAUAUGGAAUAAAAUAUUUUUGAGUAAAAAAAUUCGAUUUAUCAUUGGGAGAAGACUGUCAUUGUGGACCAGAUAACUUAUGAUUUUUUUUCUAAACGCCAAGCUAUAACUUAUCUUU